AGAAAAACGUGAGAUCGAGAAGCAAAAUAUCAGUGCAACGGAUAAACCGUGUUCUACGAGCAUAAAAUGCCCGCUGCUUCGUCAAAACCCGCGCCCCAAACCACCCCUUUGGAGGGGCAAGACACUGCCAAAUAUCUAUUUGGGGUGGUCGAAAAGAAGAUCAGGAAUUUAGAGAAGAGAAAGACCAAACUCGAUGGCUACCGGGAGUUGGUAACGAGUGGGAAGGUUCUUAACAAGGACCAAGAGGAGGCUGUGUCACACUUUGAGGAAGUUGGUGCGUCGCUGGAGUUUGCUAAAGAGCUCUCCAAGCAGUUCACCACCAUCCUCAGUGAGGCAAACAAGGUGCAGAAGAGAGAAGCAAAACGUGGGAAACAGCAGAAACAUGAGCAAGAAGUUGGCAGGAUAUCGGAAGUUCUCUUACUGCAGAACGUCCUCUUUCAUAUGGGCCAAGACCAUGUGAGGGCGGACUUUCUCGCUGGGACGAAUGGUGCUUUGCACCUUCAAGAAGAAGAGCUAUCCCAUCUAGACGAGUUCUUCAAACUGGUCAGUCCAUCAAGAGAGGGAGAUGAGGAGGAGGAGGAGACAACGGAGGAGAAUAUUAGCUUUGACAAGAAGCUAGAGAUAGCAACGAGUCAUCUGAACAGCUACUUGAAGGAGGAUGAGAGGGAAGCCUGUCAAUCAACCUACAAAGAUAUGUUCCAUUUAGUCCAGAGAAUCCACAAAUGUGGGUACCUUGAGAACAUCCCCACCCCUCCCGAAGACCCUGCCGCAGAGGAUCCAGCCCCUGCAGCCGUGGCUCCUGCAGCGGCCUACGAGGCUCCGGAGCAGGAGGAGGUGACGUACGAGCAGGAGACGCCGUACCAGGAGAACGAGCAAGAGUUUGUAGAGUCUUUGAACGAGGCUCCGUCAGAAAGCUUCUUCACCGGAGCUCCCUCAGAGCAGAUGCAGCAGGCUCCUGGCAUGCAGUCGGCACAGAAUGAAGCACCACAGAUGCAAAGCAUGUCAUCAGAAACCCAGCAGCACCAGCCCCAGGGCCAGCAGACGCAUGGUGAUAUGGCGCCCUCAUCGAGAGUACACGACCUCCCCCAUGCUCCGGAGCCCAUCGAGAUGCCCCCUCCCAAGCAGGCGCAUCAUGAUGUCAACGAGGUGCUCGCUCCCGUCUUAGGUAGCUUCAACUUUGUGCAGGACUCAAUGCUCGAUUACGAUUCACCUCACAUGGAUCCAGCCGUCGUGGCAGUGUCACAGCAACCGUUCAUCCCUUCAUCAACAUUCACAAAUAAUGUACAGUCCUCAACAGACAUGUCACAAACGGACCAGGGAUCACAGCCAGGCCACCAAACGUUAGCGGAUUCCCUCGCCGCCCAACAACAACAGAUCCCUACUGAACAGAGCUACCAGCAGCAAUCAAGAUACGACUGCUCACAGCAGACCUACGGUUCCCAGUCCUUAUCCGACCAAACACCCUACACCAGCCAGACGAUGGACGGUGGUAACGCAGGGUAUGCUGGACAGGCUGAUCUGUCGAGCGCGAGCAGUGCGCAGGUCGAUUAUGGGUCGUCGCAAACAUCGUCGACGAGUGGGAAGCUGAACGAGCUCCAGGAGUUCCCAAGUCCACCGGUCGAUUCGCAACAGGACCAGUCAGUGUUACAGACUACCAUGUUAAACCAACAGAAUCUCUCUCACUCAGCACAGUACAAUGAAAGCUACUCCCAGUCAUUAGGUUCGGGCCAGCUUGGUAACGAUGGCGUCACAUCUUCGUCCAGUCCUCUGACCAUCGAUCCCUCCCAGGCUUCUAUACCCCUCCCUGGAGAACAAACAACGUCUGAUGUACAGCAGGGAUCCAUUCCACCAAAGUCCACCAUGAACGCCAGCGCACCUCCCUUCCAGAUGACCAACUCCAUGCGAUCAUCCCCUCAGAUGCAGGCCAUGCAGUCCGCCCCCGCAGGCCAAGUGGGACAGCCCCAGGACAUGGGUGCUUACACAGGGAUGGACCAGAGCCAGGACUUCAACCAUUCUGCUGGGAGGGAUGUGGAUAGGACGCAUUCACCCUCACAGGAUAUGAAGAUGGAUCACCAGCAGCAAUCAGAAGGACCAGGUAACUCGUACGGAAACAGCUACCAACCGCAAUACUACAAGAACGGGCGUGGUGGCAAGCCUCGUGGUGGUGGUGGAAAUCCUAACUUCCGUGGUAGUAGGGGUAAUGCUCCUUUCAUUAGGGGUGGUACACGAUACACGGCACCUCAGCAACGAGGGGGAGGAGGAGGAGGAGGUCAAAUGAAUUUCAACACCUUUGGUGGUCAUCGCGAUGCCUUUGCACCUCGAGGCCCCGACAUGAGCUACAACCCUAACGCUCGCUACGGUGGAUUCAACCAAGUCCAGCAGCAGCAGGAUCAGAGCUACUACAACAGACGCGGCGGAGGAAUGCCCAGGGGUGGUGGAAACCGAGGAGGUGGUCGUGGAGCCCAGGGAGGACCUCGCAACCAGGCCCCUUACCGUGGGGGUCGGGGCAGCUUCGGAAAGCCCAGUCAGGUGACCGUCUAACCCUCGACAACGCAAGAGACGAGCGUGAAGAGGAGAAGGAGAGACGGAGAGAGUCGCUGAAGGAGAGGAGAAAUCAUGAUGAUUCUACUGUCUGCAGUGUAGCCAAAACAUUACAUCAAUUACAUCAACAGCAGAUUUAACAAUCUUUUGUUAUUGAUUUUUAUUUUCUUUCAAUUUUCCACCAAAUUAGAAAGUUGGGCAUCCUUAAUGGUACAUUUGAUGAAUCUGUAUAAUUUAUCUGACCCAGGUUUAUAGUUUAUAUUUAUUUUCUACUUUGCAUCAUAGUCUUUUUUUUUUGUACACGUUUUUCAAUCAUGAGAUUUAGGCUAUAGGAUUUGAUGUAGUGUUGGAUGGCGAAACUGCAGAGGAGUGUGAAAGAGAAGAAAAAAACGGUUAAAAAAAAAAUAGUAAAAGCUUGAAAAAAGUGUUGUUAUAAAAAAAGAGGUGUGGUUUGGAGUUGCCAAUUUGACGAAGCAAGGCAGCAAUGGAACCAUGCCAAUUGUGUACGAGUUUAAGGGUGAGGAGGUCUUAUUCUGUGGAUCAAUUAUUUUUUUUCAGUUAUUGUUUCUGUUAGGUAUUAUUAUAAGAUAAUAUAUAAUCAAAA